AAAAUAAUCCGGCAAUACACAAUUCAAUAACUCUAUUUGUGUAUGAGCAAAAGCUGAGAACCAAGCCACCCGGCUUGCUAAAGAUGUGUGCUUGAUUCACGAAUUACUGCGUGGACUUGGAAAUGAUCUUAUGUCGAAUAGAACUGUAGAAGUCCCUUCCAAGUUCCAAACUUCCAAUAUUAUGUAAAAAGCCGCAGCUUAUGCUGUCUCAUUCGGCAGCAAAGAAUUGUCAUUUGGUCAUCCAGAAAAUCACUAAACACACAUUCGCUGCAAGAGAGCACAGUCGUCACUAUAAACCAUCCUCAAGUCGACGAUAUGGUACGGAACUUGAUCUUUUCCGUUCUUCCAAGCAGCUAAGUGAUCACAUGAAAAUGGGAAGGAUUCAAAACGCGCAGAAGCUGUUUGACGAAAUGACUGUUACGAACAUUGUGGUUUGGUCAAUAAUGGUCCACGGGUACUCAAAGAAUGGGUUCUAUGGUAAAGCCUUGAAAUGUUUUAGUACAAUGAGGCAUUCCGAUCUGGUCCCCAAUUCUUUUACCUUUGUGGGAGUUCUUGUAGGCGUCUCUGGGCUUGAAGACAUUGCACUUUGUCAAGUUGUUCACGGGCUUAUAGUGAAGACUGGGUGGGAGAUUAACUCUGUUGUGGUCACUGCACUACUUAAUACUUACUCAAGGUGUUGGUCCAUAGGAGAUUCUUACAAGGUUUUCAAAACCAUAAAGCCCGAAAGCCAAGUUCCGUGGAAUGCAAUGAUGAGCGCAUUUGUGUAUAAUCAGCUUUUCGAAGAAGUAUUGCUCUUGUUUAAUAGUUUCAGGGAGUCUGGUUUUGUUCCUAAUGCCGUGACAGUAAUGACUCUGAGCCAAGUUUGUGUUGCCAAGAAAUGUCAGCAUCUUUGUGAAUCAGUUCAUAGUUUUUGUAUUAAAUUUUGCCUCUUAUCUGAUAUGGAGGUCAGCAAUGCAAUGCUUUCCAUGUAUUCAAAUUUGACUGACUUAAAUGCUGCCAGGCUAGUCUUCAAAUCAAUGGAAGAUAAAGAUGUUAUUACCUGGUCAACAAUGAUGGGGCUUUUGGUCCAACUAGAAUAUACCUCGGAUGCUAUAAAUCUUUUCUUACAAAUGAGAGAUUUUGGAACCAGUUAUGAUGGAGGUGUCCUAGUGAAUCUCAUUUCAGCUUGUGGACUCAUGGGAAAUUUGAAAAUGGGAAAAUCUCUUCAUUCUCAGACAAUCAUUAAUGGUUAUGUAUCAGACAUACAACUGACUAAUUCCAUGAUAUCAAUGUAUGCAAGAUGUGCAGACCUUGAUUCUUGUACAUUACUUUUUGACCAAACAACUGUGAAGAAUGUCGUUUCAUGGACAAGUAUGAUUUAUGGGCUUCUGAUCAAUAGAAGGCCUAGGGAAGCACUUGACUUGUUCAUUGGUGCAAGAAAAAAAGAAAACUUAUAUGCCGAUAAGAUACUUUUGGUAAAUGCAUUAGCUGCAGCAGGUGAAUUAGGUGCAUUAGACUUCUGCAUGCAGCUCCACUGCUAUGCUUUCCAAUCUGGAUUUACACUCUACAGAUGUGUGCAAAAUUGUCUCAUAUCAGUUUACUCAAAGUGUGGUGAUGUGGAACUUGCCCGGAGUGUUUUUAUGCAUAUGACCUCUCUUUGUGAUAUUAUUUCUUGGAAUGCAAUGAUUUACGGGUAUGGGAUCAAUGGCCAUGGAAAGACUGCUCUAUCACUCUUUAUUGAGUUCACGAAUUUGGGAGGAAUCCCUGAUUCCGCCACUUACCUAUGUGUUAUGAGUGCUUGUAGCCGUGCAGACAUGAUAAACGAGGGUUUGAUUAUUUUCAGUAAGAUGCUUGAGGAAGAAAAUUUAAGAGUUUCUGAGGAGCACUAUGGAUGUCUUGUUGAUUUGCUGUCUCGAGCCGGUUACUUGUCUGAUGCCAGUGAGUUAAUGGACGGAAGAGAUCGAAAUGCUUGGAAGGCUUUGUUAAAUGGGUGUAUGCUUCAUGAUGAUAUGAAAUUGGCCGAGGUUGCUGCAAGAAGGUUGGAUAGAUUGGGCGAGUCAGACCGUGGAGAGGAUAUGGUUAUCCUGUCAAAUCUUUAUAAAUCUGUUGGGCGCUUUCAAGAUGCUGAAGCCUUGAGGUUGAAUAUGGCGGGAAAGAAGUCGAUGAAAGAACCCGGGUUAAGCUUUCUUAUUGGUGGUAAUCGGUAAUCUAUAUACUCAUGGCUGAAAUUUAUGUUAGUUCAACCCCAUGGGCAGAUUCAGAAACUAAGGGAGUGUUUUCCUUUGCUUAAAAAAAGUGCUUUAGAGCUUUUAGAUUAAAAAAAGCCAAAAAAGGUGUUUAGUAAUCCUAACUUUUGCUUAAAAAAAAUGCUUUAAAGUCAAAAUCUAAAAGCUAGAGCAUACCAACUUCUAAUAGCUUCUAGGUAAACUUGUAAUUACCUCCAACUUUAUGACUAAUAAUAAUGGCAAAAAAAUCCCCUAACCCCCCCAACUUUAUUCGUA